GAAGCAGUUUGACAAAAUACACUGAGAAGUUAGAAGAGAUCAAAAGAAAUUACAGAUACAAAAAGGAUGAGCUCUUUAAAAGGCUGAAAGUGACCACUUUUGCCCAGCUGGUCAUCCAGGUUGCCUCUUUAUCUGAUGAAACCUUAGAAGUGACAAAUGAGGAGAUCCACAAGCUGGAAGAUGCUGAUUCUGCUGCUCCACAUGCAGAUGCUGAAGUCACAGAAGGGACAAACGGGAAGGGAAGCCCUGAUGGGACACCCAGUCCAAUCCUGUUCCUGAACAACACAGGGGCUGGGGAGUCCUAUCGCUCCACACUGCAGAGUGUGAUAAGUGGUGUUGGUGAACUGGAUAUAGAGAAGGACACUCCAAAGAAAGAAGACACUGAGGCUAAAGACACUCCUUAUCCCGACUGCCCCUUCCUGCUUUUGGACGUACGGGACCGCGACGCGUACGACCAGUGUCACAUUAUUGGAGCUUAUUCCUACCCUAUUGCAACGCUGUCUAGAACCAUGAAUCCAUACUCAAAUAGUAUUCUGGAAUAUAAAAAUGCCCAUGGAAAAAUUAUCAUUUUAUAUGACAAUGAUGAGAGACUGGCCAGCCAGGCUGCAACAACUAUGUGUGAGAGGGGCUUUGAGAAUGUCUUCAUGUUAUCUGGAGGUCUAAAGGUCCUUGCACAGAAGAUCCCAGAAGGACUCAUCACGGGCUCGCUCCCUGCAUGUUGCCACAUAGGAGCUCCCUCUGGAUCUGCCCGGAAAAAGCCCUCUCUGAAAGUGCCACUCACACGUGCUGAGAACAGAUGGAGGUUUUCUGAGGAUAAUCUACAGAAGAUUAGAUACUACCUUGAAGAGGAGCACGUUCCUCCAGACACUGCCAGCCGCUUUAGCCGUGGUUCUUCAGGACAUGAUUCCAAGGCAACAACCGUGAGGAGCAGCCCCAGUCUCCCCAGCACUGCUGGCAACGGGGGAGCCCUCUCUGCCCGCUCGCUCGGCAGGAGCAGCAUCCAGAGCAGGCCAUGGAAAUAA